CUGAGUAAUUACAGAGAGCUACGUCAGAUAACAGAAAUACUCAUCAUAAACUUUGACGAAAGAUACAUGUUUUACAUAUAAUAAAAGAUACACUGGUUCUUAAUGCAACUGCUGUGUCAGAUUUUAAGAAAACGUUACGAAAAAAGCAUACCAUGCAAUAAUCUGAGAUGGCGCUCAGACGUAAAUAGAUUUCUCCGCCAUGUUGGAGUCAACAGAAAUAUGAAAUUACAUCAUAAAUAUACCCUUACCUUUGAUGAUCUUUCAUCAGAAUGCAGUGCUAGGAAUACUAGUUCCGAAAUAAAUUGUUGUUUUGUUCCAUAAUGUCCAUUACUAGUGUCCAAUUAGCUACUUUUGCUAGCACGUUUAGAUCACAUGUCCAAAAGCUGGCGCUGGUCCAGGCGAACUCGGACGAAAACAUCAAAAAGUUAUAUUCCAGGUCGAAUAAACUGGUCAAAUUAAGUAGAGAAUCAAUCUUCAGGAUGUUGUUAUCAUAUAUAUCCAAUAACGUUCCAACCGUAGCAUUAGUUUCUGUCUACAGAGUAAUGGAACGCAUGGAGAUAUCAUGAGAAAUGCGCCUCACCAGGAACUGGCAUUCUGCCAGACCACUGACUCAAAUAGCUGCCAUCCGGCCCCACAUCACACUAGAGACUUCAUUCUACUGACUGUUGACAUCUAGUGGAAGGCGUAGGAAGUGCGAACAGAUCCAUAUCUUACUGGGAUGUGAAUAGAUAAUGAGUUUAACAUCAACCAGCCCCAGAAUUUCCACUUCCUGCCACUUCCUGAGUGUUUUCUAUCCAAUAGUAAUAAUAAUAUGCAUAUAUUAGCAUCUGGGACAGAGUAGGAGGCAAUUCACUAUGGGCACGCAAUUCAUCCAAAGGGAAAAUGCUGCCCCCUAUCCCUAAAAGGUUUUAAUUAAGUGCUUGUAGGUAAGCAUUUCACAGUAAGGUCUACUCCUGUUGAACCGAUUCUCAAUUGCAAUACGGUUCUAGAAACAUAAAGCCCUUUACUUUCAUAUCACAAGAUAAGGUCCUUCUGCUGCCAAAACUGUACUGCUAGCCAUAUGUGUUAAUGUUCUUAUCAAAACUCCCCUGUACAGAAGAUGCCUUCGUCCAAUGACUCUUAUCUGUAAUGUAAUGGAACUGAGAGUCAUGAUGAAGGGAUAGGAGAUUCCUAGAUGUGAGAAGUGUGCAGGAGGGGCAUGAUGCAAAGGAAUUGGGUACUAAUGGUGCUGGCGCUUAGAAGUGUCCGGUGAGAUAAAUGUAGGUUGAGGUUGCCAGGAUCAGAGGAGCACAGAAGGUGUCGUAAGCUAAGACAGCGAAGAGAGUAGAAGAGGAAGAUGGGUCCAGGAGGAGGGACCCUAAGAGGCUUGCUGGCAGAGGUCAAUAGAGAGUGAUGGGAAUAACGUGCUUCAGUAAGCUGCGGAGAAGUACGUGGGUGUAUGAGAUUUUACUGCAGAAGAGUUUCAAGAAACCUCAUCACACGAGAGCCUGAAGCGGCUCACGAGGGAACGAUGAUGCGUUACUGGGGCGAGAUCCCCGGGCCGGCAGGCGCCCCACCGAGCCGCAGCUCCUUCGACCUGCUCCAGCGCGAGUUCCGCUCGGUGGAGAUGCAGGACCCCCCUCUGCAUCAGCCCUCGGCCCAGCGGCCCCGGCCCACCACCAUGCUGGACAUUCCCUCUGAGCCCUGCAGUCUCACCAUCCACACAGUGCAGCUAUGCCAGCACACCCGACGCCUCCGCAGCCUCCUGGCUGCAGCCCAGGGGAAAGGUCUGGUCCCUUCAGAGGGUGGUGGUGCUGGAGGAAGUAGCAGGCUGGAGGAAGGGGAGGCUCUGCCCCCAAGGCCACCCACACCGCCGGCCGCCCCCGAUGACCUGCUGCCCCUGGACAGCAAGGCACCCUGGCAGCCCUUCCAGCUCUGCCACAGCGACCCUGAGAGUGACUUUUACAUGGGAAAAGGUGAGCCCGUCACGGAGCUGAGCUGGCCCUCGUGCCGACAGCUCCUGUACCAGUCAGUGGCCACAGUCCUGGCCCACGCCGGCUUUGAGUCGGCCCAGGAGAGCGUGCUGGAGACCCUGACUGACCUUGCCCACGAGCACUACCUGCGCCUCAGCCGACUGCUGCGCACGGCCGCGGACCGAGAGGCCCGCCUGGGCGCCACACCCUUCCCGGACGUGGUAGAGCAGGUGUUCCACGAGGUGGGCAUCGGCAGCGUGCUGGCCCUGCAGCGCUUCUGGCAGGUGCGCAUCAAGGACUACCACAGCCACAUGCUCCAGGUCAGCAAGGAGCUGUCGGAGGAGUAUGAGCGGCUGGUGAACCCUGAGAAGGCCCUGGAGGACUCCAAGCCCCCGCGGAUCAAAGAGGAACCAAUGAAUGACAUUGCCUUCCCCGUCAGCGAGGAGCCAGAGGCGGACCAGGCCUCUGGGGAUCAGGCCCUCCCCAUGGGGGUUCUGGGGGCCCCAAACGAGAGGCUGGCUGGAGGCCUGGAGGGGGAACACUCACCACACACCUCAGGCAGUGGAGUUGCCAUCAGCUCCCCCUUGUGGCACCUGUCGCAGGUGAAGAUGGAGCCCCAGGACAGCGAGGAGGGCCAGGUGUCAGGCCACGGGGUACUGGGAGGUGAUGUGUUCGAGGAGGGAGGGCCCAUGUCCACCAUGAGCGAGGCAGACGGCAUGGCGCCCUCGCCCGGAGGGGCGGCGUCGGACGGCAGCUACGCCUCGCACUCCCCCGACUCACUCAUGAGCACGUCACCCGUCUUCAACCAGAGGCCCAGGAAGCGCAUGAAGAAGAUAUGAGGAGCCUCAGACUCGCGGAGGUAGCCAUUUUGUGUCAAGGUAACAUGGGCACAUAGUGGCCAUACGAAACAUUGCAAGGUUGCAAACAAAUUCCUAUGCCGUUGUCCAUUUUCCCGAACAGAUCUGAAAGUAUUGGAUAGGUCUCAGCACGAGGGCCAUGCGCGCUAGUUGGUGGCAGAACAUGGGAGUUAUUCUAGAAUGCCAGUUAAAAAAAAAGACUAUUUACAUGUUGCUUAUGAAUGCAUUUCACACUACUUUUGGAUUAUAAUUUGAUUUUAAGGCUCGUGUGAAUGUCCUGCUUUAUAUAAUAUGUGUGUCAUCAUCGCAAAUCAACUGCAUUAUACGUUAAAAAAAACCCACUUAACCUUCAACCAGUAAAAUGGCACUAUGACAAUGAGCGUUAGCAUUCUAGCGAAGAACUGCUCCAUGCAAAAUAGUUAUUUUGCAAAGAUCACAAACAAAUGUAAUCUUAGCGACUGUUCAAGCAUUGUAAAAGUUAUUUUGUUUAGAAGUAAUAAAAAAUGUAAUAUAGUCUGUUGAAUGAGCGCAGCCAAGAGUCGCGCACAUCUGUGGGUGACGUCAGUGUGUUGUAUCCUGGAAAGGGGUCUAUAUGUCCUAGUGUUGCACGGUAUACCGGUACCACGGUAAUAUCACAGUACCAAAACGUCAUGAUACUUAUGAUACCAACAUUUACAAAUACCAGUACUACCACAUAUUUUGCCCCCACCGAUCUAAAGAACCCACUGGCGCCUGUUCUAAAUUGUUUACAAAGUCAGUUUUGUUUAUAAAUACUGUUAAAUUUAAGUGAACUUGUCUUGUAUGUCUUGUAUGUGCCAGUCCAAUAAAGUCCACUUCACUUUCAUGCGCAUAUCACGUGUGGCAGCUGUAAUUCGUCAGCCACAUCCCCUAUCAGCCCUUACUCACCUGCUUUUCUCCUUCCGCUCUUCCUGCACAUCUAUUUCAUCAGUUUUUAUAAUAUAAUUUAGCUGUGAUGGCAAGCGGGGAUGCAGGCCCCGAGGGGUCUUCAGUUAAAUGUUGAAGCAGAGCGAGAAAAGUUAAUACAUUGUCAAAUUGUAUUGGUCACAUACACGUGUUGAGCAGAUGUUAUUGCGGGCGUAGCGAAAUGCUUGUGCUUCUAGCUCCGACAGUGCAGUAAUAUCUAACAAGCAAUAUCUUAACAAUUACACAACAUAUACCCACAAAUCUAGUAAAGGAAUGGAAUUUAAGAAUAUAAAAAAUAUAAUUUCAUCCCUGGUAUAACCAGGACCACAGUCCAAUUUGAGUAGGCUUUGUAAGUUCGCUGUCAUGCAGCCUCUUUAAAUGCCAGAGAGGAAAAGCAGCUUGGUUAAAGACAUGAUUGCAGUAUUACAGCAAAGAAAACAGCUAGUCUAGCUCAAAAAGUAAAAAAAAUGUAUAUAUUCCUGCGCAAUUUCAUGCACAUUUUUUUUCUCAAAUCAUUUCACAAACCAUGUUGCGGGCCAUUUGAAUCCAGGUUCGCUAAUUAUUGGUUUGAUAAGAAAAGAAAAAAACAUUGUUCAGUCAUGUUACCUAGUUAACAAUCUUGUAACUUGACAGUAGGUCUAGCCAAAUUUGAUUGCCACAGGAAGAAAGGAAAAUGUGCUUCAAAAAGGUAGGAUUUAUAUAGGCCUAAUGUAAGCCUAAACUAUACUGAACAAAAAUAUAAAUGCAACAAUUAAAAAUAUUUUACAGUUCAUGUAAGGAAAUCAGUCAAUUUUAAAGAAAUUCAUUAGGCCUCAAUCUAUAGAUUUCAAAUGCCUGGGCAGGGACACAGCCAUGGGAGGGCAUAGGCCCAUCCACUUGGGAGACUGUUCCACCCACUGGGGAGCAAUGCCCAGCCAAUUUUCCCCACAAAAGGGCUUUGUUAUAGACCAAAAUACUCCCCAGUUUCAUCAGCUGUCCGGGCGGCUGGUCUCAGAUGAUCCCGCAGAUGAAGAAGCAUGAUGUGCAGGUCCUGGGCUAGCGUGGUUACACGUGGUCUGCAGUUGUGAGGCCGAUUGGAUGUACUGCCAAAUUCUCUAAAGCGACAUUGGUAGAGAAAUUCAUUCAAUUCUCUGGAAACAGCUCUGGAGGACAUUCCUGCAGUCAGCAUGCCAAUGCCAUACUCCCUCAAAACUUAAGACGUCUGUGGCACUGUGUUGUGUGAAAAAACUGCACAUUUGAGUGACUCAAAUCAAAAGAAAUGUAUUUAUAAAGCCCUUCUUACAUCAGCUGAUACCUCAAAAUGCUGUACAUAAACCCUGCCUAAAACCCCAAAGAGCAAGCAAUGCAGGUGUAGAAGCACGGUGGCUAGGAACAACUCCCUAGAAAGGCCAGAACCUAGGAAUAAACCUAGAGAGGAACCAGGCUAUGAGGGGUGGCCAGUCCUCUUCUGGCUGUGCCGGGUGGAGUGACCUUUUAUUGUCCCCAGCACAAGUUGCAUCUGUGUAAUGAUCAUGCCGUUUAACCAGCUUCUUGUUAUGCCACACCUGUCAGGUGGAUGGAUUAUCUUGGCAAAGGAGAAAUGCUCACUAACAGGGAUGUAAACAAAUUUGUACACCAAAUUGGAACAUUUCUGGAAUCUUUUAUUUCAGCUCAUGAAACAUGGGACCAACACUUUCCAUGUGUCAUUUGUAUUUUUGUUCAGUAUAUUAAAAAAAAAUCUCUCUUUCUGAUGCCCCUUAAAUUAUGCUUGGUGACUAACGUUUUUAAAGUUGGGAGCAGUGUGUAUGUGUGUGUGGGAGAGAGAGCGGUGUGUGUUUAUGAGAGAGAGGGAGGCAGUGUGUGGGUCUCUUAACUGAAGAGUAAAGAAAAUGUAAUGUAGCGUUUUCCCCUUACUGCCACAAUGACAUGUAGAUCAUUAUGCAUGUAUAUUCCUUCCUCCAACCAAAUCACAAGUAGGCCUUUGGAAGUAUGGUAAAAUCAGCCAUUUCUAUGCAGUAUUCUAUUAUACAAGUGAACAGUGUGAAGUUAAAUUCAAUGUGUUGUAUUAAGUAGAAGUGUGAAUAUCAGUGAGUUUUUUGUGUGUAGCAUAUGCACAUAACGUUUAGAAACAUGAACAAGCGUCAGUGGGGGAUGGGGUGAACAGGACGCUAGGCCACUCUGAUUUUUUUUUUCCUGUGGUGUUGCAAUACUACUCGGUAUUGUGAUACUUGGGUUGAUAUCGUAUCGUUAGUAAAAUGUUGGUAUUGUGACAACACUAACAUGACCAAAACGUAACCCAGUGUCAGCCAUUUUGCAUACUUCUAUCCAAUCCUUUCAGAUACUAUGAGGGUAUAUGGGUGCUGGGUUGGCUUAGAUUUGAGUGUGUGUCGGAAAGGCUGAGUAGUAGAGAUGGCCAUUCUAUCUACUGAACUGGGUGGUCAUACAAAGUUCUUCAGAAGGACCAUUGAGAGACUGCAGAAUGCAAAUGGAUGGCCAUGAAAGGAAAUAACAAGAUGGCGUGGUUACACACAUUCUGUGGAUCAGGUAGUACUUAUUGUCUCUAUUUUCAAAAUGAUUUAAUGGCUCUUAGUUUUGUUUUUUUCCACCAACUCCUCACGUGAUGAACUGAUGGUGAAGACAUUGUAGUUUACAUUCUUGCAUGUAGGAAACAUUAGUUGGAUAAAUGCUUUCUUUGAGAUGGUGUUAAUUUAAUGUUAAAAUGAAUAAAUGCCUUCUUUAUGUCAAA